AUGUUGCUCCUGCUGCGAGAUUGGCUCUUUCCAAAGGUCCCGAUGGUCCCUCUAGAGCGCGAUAGCGAGGGUUACUACGUCGGCUUUGGUCGUUGCAGGCGGCACAAAACACUUCGUAUGGACGAUGAAGAGUACAGGUUUCGCUCCCAUUACCGAAUGCAGGAUCCCUUCAAUUGUGUUGGACGUGGAUCUAGUGCAUUCCCUAAGCCUCAUAUCCCGAACAGCUUCCACAUGGAGCAAGACGAACUCUUCAAAGUGAUCCAGGGCAGAAUGUGUUACGUUUGCAAUGGCAAGGAAGGUGUGGCCCACACUGGCGCUGUUGUAGAGCUUCCGAAAGGUGCCGUGCACACAGCCUGCACAACAUGGGCGGCGUUGUCAUUUUUCCAGUUCUGGUGCGAUCCGACGAGUGAGGAAGAUGUAAUCGUAGAGUUUACGGCGCGACCUGGAAGGGGAAUGGACGAAAGGAACAUCAACAGCGCUUAUGGUAUCUUCAACUCGUACUUCGUCGCGCAGAAGCCCGUCCCGUUCCUGCAGGACAUGGUUAUUUGGUAUGAAGCCGCAUCUGCGCCCGGACAUUUUCCGAAGCCGUUCGCAAUCAUGGCAGCAUAUAUGUUUGGCGGUGUGAUUGGGAGGCUGGCAGGCUAUCGAGGAAUCUAUCCCUUGUACACCGAGCAGGAGGCAGGAAAGGAAUAG